AGGUCAUAAGGUAUCACCUCCCUGGUGGCUAGCAGCUUUCGGAUAAACAAAUAUGCCGGAAGUCUCCGCCAUACAAAUUGGCAUCCAUUUUUUUAAACUUUAAUCAUUGUAAUUGUAAUUAAGCACGCAAAGAGCUAACAACUUAACUAUACUGCAUAAAUCUAAUUGUAUAAAAACAAAAAAUCCUAAGAUAAGAAACUAAUGAUUUUAUAACUCCUUCACAAGACGAUUGUGUUUCAGUUCAUAAAAAUAGUUUCUGUUGCCACCAAAUCGUGCCAACAAUUUAUAAAAUCAUUAUAAUUUGAUUAAUCUGGAUUUGGAGUAUCAUCUGCCGUCCACUAAGUGAGGAUGCCACCAAAGAAGACCCCAAAGGCUACCCGUUCGCGGUCGCACCAAACAAAGAAAUCACUGCCAUCGGCGGAGGAAUACAAUUGUGUCGACUGCGAUGGACCCGAUUCUGUUGACGAUAUGGUUCAGUGCGAUGUCUGCCAAACCUGGCAUCACUACAGCUGCGCCGGUGUCGAUAGUUUUAUUCAACAAGAAAGCUGGGUUUGCGGCACCUCUUGUGCAAUAAUGUCAGGUAAGUGCUCCCCUUUAUCUAGUGUUGUUAGAGAAGUAGUCCCUCAAGAUGCUGCUGAAGCGAUUAUGCCAUAUAAUGCACCAUAUACUGUGCCAGCUACCACCGCCUCCAACAAUGCGGUGAACCCCUCAUCAAGUUUUGGUUUGGAUUCUGCCAAUUCGCUGCCAUAUACUGCGAGUGAAACCCAAUGCACUUGGUCAUGCACAAUGCCGAACACGGCGUUACGUACUACGUCAAGUAUCGUGCCAAGUAGUGUUAAUAACACCCUGGGCGUAUCAAUACACGAUGAGCAGAAUUUUGCUCCGAAUACUGCCGUAAGUACAGGAACAUACACCGAAUCAUAUGGUGCUGUAUCUACCGCCUGUACUGCCCCCCCUAUUGCCUCAUAUACUGCCCCAUCUGCCAUGUCAUAUAUCGAAAACAAUAUUAAUAAAUAUACAUUGAAAAAUUGUGUAAAUAAUACAUUCUCUAGGAUAGCACUUCAUCAUGAAAAUAUUUUUGAAGCAGGUCACAUUGAAUCCAGCUUGUAUUUAGAUUCUAGACGUGACAUCACAUUAAGAGAUGUGCAGUCAACAUCGACACGUGCAACCACCGAUGGAUUUUCAAAUUCCAUGUCAACUGCUGCCACCUUUAGUCACCACCUAUCCAACGUUGUUGCCGAUCCAGCCGGAACGAUUAGUAGAGGUGCUAUUCCGAGACGAUUUUUUGGAAAGAACGCUGCAUCACAUGCCACGAGAACCUUCAAUACAAUUGCUCAUUCGGAUACACCCGUAUCUACUAAGCCACCCGCAACACAUGCCGCCUUUCUUAGAGAUGGCACCGCUACUCAACACAUCACUGCUACUGCUCCUGUUAUUACUACAGCUACUUCUACUUCUGAACCCCACUCGUAUCCAAUUUUCAGUGCUACUUCCACUCCAGGUAUCGCCAACUCGUAUCCAGAUUUUAGUGCCGCUGCCGCUUCCACUUCCAGUAUCAUCAACUCGUAUCCAGAUUUUAAUAGACUUCAUUCUUCUGCUGCUGCUGCUGCGACCCGAACAACGGGUGUUGGUGCUGAUACCCAUGGCACUAACGUUACACAUGGUACCUCAUAUGCUUCGUGUAUCCAUACAACUGCUGCACCACACCUUACUGACACUGUUGAUGCUGCAAUAUAUCCUGCAACACAUUCGACUAAGGUUUUCUUAAAGGAAAAUCCCAUUGUCUUAUCGAAUCAGCCACGAUCAUUGUCAAAUUUCUCGAUCAGUUCUAGAGGGUCUAGAACUGCCCUUGAGAGGAAUAUUCAGAUAGAGUUGCAAUUGUUGAGUGAAGAAAGGGAGUUGAAGGAGAAAAGAGAUAAAGAGUACUUGGAGAAGAAAAAUAAAAUCUUGAGCAAGAUGCCACGGGAAGACGGAUCAUCAGUUACCGAUGCCGAAGCAAUUUCUAUCACCAAAGUGAAUAAGUGGUUAGGAGAUGAUUUACGCGAACCUUUGUCGCAGUCAAAGUUGAUUCAUAAAGAUUCAGAUCCAAGUCAAGAACAUCCAUUUGAGCCUAAAUUGAAAUACAAUGGUCAUGAUUGUGAUCUUACUAGGUUAUGGCCCGGAAACUUGUGCAAGUCCAAUGAGAGGUCAACGGAAAUUCAACAUGCUCCAGUUAUGUACAAACAUUCAACAUACCAAUUCCCACCUCGAGCACCAUACGUACCACCACAGCAGCAAUUCCCACCUCGAACACCAUACGUACCACCACAGCAGCAGUUUCCACCUCAAGCACCAUAUGUACCACCACAGCAGCAGUUACCACCUCGAGCAUCAUACGUACCACCACAGCACCAGUUUCCGCCUCAAGCAUUAUUUACGCCCCUUCCAACAGUACCUUUUCUACCACCAAAUGUAAGUGAACCACAAACACGGAGCUUAAGUAAAAAUCAAAUAGCUGCGCGUCAUUUGAUGUCCAAAGACCUACCAAGUUUCGAUGGAGAUCCUGAACAAUGGCCGUUGUUCAUAUCCAAUUUUGAAAGGAGUACCGAACUUUGUGGUUUUACAGAUGAAGAGAACGUGAUGAGACUUAAUAAGGCCUUGACGGGAAAGGCAAAAACCGCAGUCAGAUGGUUACUUUUGCAACCGAAUUGCUUUCAUCAAGUCAUGUCGAGGCUGAAGACACUCUAUGGAAGACCGGAGCUUAUUAUCCAAACACUGCUUCAAAAGGUUAAUACGACACCUCCACCCAAAGAUGGGAAGUUAGAGACAAUUUUGAAUUUCGCCUUGGAAGUUCAAAACUUAUAUGCCACUAUACAAGCAACAGGAUUAUACGCUCAUCUAAACAACCCCUCGCUCCUGACUCAGCUUGAAGGUAAACUUCCGCCAACUAUCCUCCUGAACUGGGGUAUCUAUAAGAUGAUGUUGCCGGAUUGCACUCUCUCCCAUUUUAGUGCAUGGAUUUACCAACUUGCUGAAGCCGCCAACGGGGUGCUAGUUCCACAUACUCAAACGCCAUCUGCAGAGAGCAAAGGUACCAGUCGAUUUCGAGAGAUCAAACCAAAAUCCGGAUUCCUUAAUUCUCACUCACAGUUUGAUGCAAAUAAUAACGAAUCAAAACAUAAGUGCUACGUUUGCCAAGGAAGUUGUAGUUCAGUGGCUGUAUGUAAACAAUUUCAGCAGCUCAGUCGAACCUCAAAGUGGGGAACGGUAAGAGAAUACCAACUUUGUAGAAGAUGUUUGAAGAAACACAAUAUACGGAAUUGCCCUUUAACAUCAGUUUGCGGCAAAGACAAUUGCACCUUCAAACAUCAUCCGCUAUUGCACAAUGACCAGAACAACGUGGAGAAAUCGAUCAAGAAAGAAAUUCAAGAGGUGAAAGGAAACGUUUCGGUCCAUAUGAAAAGCCAUUGCAACGCUCAUCGUAACAAUUGUGAAUCCACCCUAUUUCGAAUCGUACCAGUGAUCCUGUAUGGAAAUGGAUCUCAAAUUAAGACUUUCGCCUUCCUGGAUGAUGGUUCGUCCUUGACCUUGAUGGACGAGGAACUCGCAACCCAACUUAAUAUGAAGGGUAAACCACAGCCGUUGUGUCUAAAGUGGACUGGCAACACUAAUAGAUAUGAAAACCAGUCACAAUUGCUCACUCUCCGAAUUUCAAGCACAGUACAUGAUGCUAAGAUUUACGCAUUGUCUGAUGUUCACACUGUGAAGAACCUAUCGCUGCCUUAUCAAUCUCUAAAUUUCGAAGACCUACAGAAUAAAUAUGAACAUCUAAAAGGACUACCCAUCGAAUCGUAUGAUAAUCAAUCUCCACGUUUGUUAAUUGGCCUGAAGCAUACAAAAUUGGGACUUCCUCUAAAAUGUCGAGAAGGGAGAACCGAAGAGCCGGUCGCAACUAAGACUCGUUUGGGAUGGCUAGUGCAUGGUAGUUGCUCUCAACAGUUACAUGACGUUGAAUUAAGAUACCAACACCACAAUUUUCACAUCUGUGAAUGCAAUGAUACUGGAUUGCAGCGUCUAGUUAAAGAUUAUAUUUGUAUGGAUAACUUCGGGAUAUCAAACGCAGACAAGGUAUUGAUGCCAACAGAAGACAAGCGUGCGCUGGAUCAGCUAGAUACCAAUACAAUUCGAAAAAAUGGGCGCUACGAAACAUCGCUGCUCUGGAAAUUCGAUGACUUCGCUAUACCAAACAGUCUUCCCAUGGCAAAAAGGCGACUAGCUUGUCUUCACAAGAGAAUGAAGAGGGAGCCGCAGCUGGCUAAAUCCCUAGACGAGAAGAUCAAACAAUUUAUCAAAAAAGGGUAUGCUAGAAAGCUCACAAAAGAAGAAGUAACUGAAAGAGGUGACCGCUGUUGGUAUCUUCCUAUAUUUCCUGUUUUCAAUCCAAACAAACCUGGGAAGCUAAGGAUAGUAUGGGACGCAGCAGCGACCGUUCAAGGUGUAUCGCUGAACUCUAUGCUUUUGAGGGGUCCAGGUCAACUUGCAUCACUUAUAGCUGUUUUGUUUAAAUUCAGAGAAGACCUAGUUGCAAUCUUCGCAGACAUCAUGGAAAUGUACCACCAAAUUCAGAUUCGCAAGGAAGACCAACACUUUCAAAGGUUUUUAUGGAGUACCAGCGAGGAAGUUGAACCUGAGGUGUUAGCAAUGCAGGUAAUGAUAAUGGGAGCGACAUCUGCCUCCGCCAGCGCGCAGUAUGUGAUCAGAAAGAAUGCCGAUGAAUUUUCCGCCAAGUUUCCAAGAGCUGUUCAAUCGAUCAAAAAUAAUCAAUAUGUCGAUGAUCUGAUGGAUAGUACAAGCUCGGAAGAGAAGGCUAUACAAUUGGCUAAAGAAAUUUGUUACGUACACCUACAAGGAGGAUUCUUCAUUAGGAACUGGAUUUCUAAUUCACCUGAAGUCGUAAAAGCAAUGAAAUCUGAACCAACCGACCAAGUGGAUCUUGCUCUUGACGUGGAAAUGGGGACUGAAAAGGUUUUAGGCAUGUGGUGGUGCACUGCAUCUGAUUGCUUUACCUAUAAAAUAAAUGCCAGUGCAGUUCAAUCUGAUAUUCUUUCCGGUCACAAACGUCCAACAAAACGAGAAGUUCUAAGGAUUUUGAUGACGAUCUUCGACCCAUUAGGUCUCGUAGCACAUUUCCUCAUGUACAUUAAGGUACUUCUACAGGAUGUAUGGCGAUCCAAUAUCGGAUGGGACGAAGAUAUCAAAGAUGCGGAGCUAGAAAAGUGGCUGAAAUGGAUUCGAUACCUGCCUGAAAUCGUGAAACUCAAAAUUCCGAGAUGCUAUAUCGUCAAUAAUCCUGAUUCGAGUUCCGAAAUUCAGUUGCACGUAUUCGUGGAUGCAAGCGAAAAUGGUUUCGCCGCUGUUGCAUACCUGAGAAUCGCAAAUGACGAUAAUAUAAACUGUGUCCUGAUUGGUGCCAAAACGAGAGUAGCUCCAUUAAAAAGCUUAUCGAUCCCAAGGCUUGAGCUUCAGGCGGCAGUCCUCGGCGUAAGAUUUGCGAAAGUCAUUACAAAAUCACACACGAUCCGUAUUUCCCAGUGUACUUUCUGGUCGGAUUCAAAAAAUGUUCUAAGCUGGAUUCAAUCUGAUCACCGCAGAUACAAACCUUUCGUUGCCUAUCGUGUAAGCGAAAUACUGGACUUCUCAGAAAUAUCCGAUUGGAAAUGGAUUUCCACUAAGUUAAAUGUUGCUGAUGAAGGAACGAAGUGGCAGAAAGUUCCCGAGUUUAAGGCGUCCAAUCGGUGGUUUACGGGUCCAGAAUUUUUGAAAACUAGCCCGAAUCUUUGGCCAAAUGAAAUACCCCCUGAGAAGGCCACAGUUGAGGAGUUAAAAACAUGUUUUGUCAACCUACAUACGCUGAAUAAAGAAGAAAAUUUUCGAAUCAGUGAUACCUCAAGUUGGAGACGGCUAAUUAGGACUGCAGCAUACUUUUUUCGCUUCAUCCACAACACUAGCAUUAAGAGACAUCAAAGGAAGUCAGGUAUUCUUCAUCAGCAGAGAAAGGGAUAUCUCAGACAAGAAGAACUUCGAUCUGCCGAAGCUGAGUUAUUUCGUGAAGCCCAGACUAGUGAGUAUUGGGAUGAAAUGGUGGACUUAUCCUCCAAAAAAUCCGUUGAAAAGAGCAGCAUACUCUACAACCUGUGUCCAUACCUAGACGCAGAUAAGGUUAUUCGAGCGAAUAGCAGGAUACCUUCCUCUGCUGAUGUCAGCGAAGACGUUAAGAAACCCAUAAUUCUCCCAAGAAAUCAUCCCAUCACCGCGCUAAUCAUCACCGAUCUUCACGUCCGUUUCAACCAUCGAAACCACGAAACCGUUAUAAACGAACUGCGCCAAAAAUUUCACAUCGCUCAUAUGAGAUCUGCAUUAAGACUUGUAAGAAAAAACUGCCAAGAUUGCAAAAAUACCAGAGCCAAACCGCAACCUCCUAUGAUGGCUCAACUCCCACCAGCACGAAUUGCUCCAUUCUGUCGACCCUUCUCAUUCGUCGGAGUCGACUACUUUGGUCCUAUGAAUGUGAGUAUUCUUCGAAGAACCGAGAAACGAUGGGGAGUAUUGUUGACAUGUCUGACAACCAGAGCAAUUCAUCUUGAGAUCGCACACUCAUUAUCGGCAGAUUCGUGCAUUUUGGCUCUCAGAAAUUUUAUGGCAAGGCGUGGCGUUCCCAUCGAGAUCUUCAGCGACAACGGAACAAAUUUCCAUGGUGCUGAGCGAGAACUAAGAGAGGCGCUUAAAGAAGUCAACACUGAAAAACUAAUGGAGACGUUCACGACAACCGAUACCAAAUGGACCUUCAUUCCACCGGGGUCACCACAUAUGGGGGGCAGCUGGGAAAGGCUAGUGAGGUCAGUAAAAACCUCCCUCUACGACAUAGUGCCAACUAGAAAUCCUUCGGAUGAGUUGUUACGGAGCAUGCUUAUAGAGGUAGAAAACAUAGUAAAUUCCCGUCCACUUACCUAUAUUCCCAUCGACGACGAAAGCGAAGAAGCGUUAACUCCCAAUCACUUUCUUUUGGGGUCUUCAAAUGGCAGCAAACCACCCGCAGUAUUCGACAGUGACACUAAAUUACUUAAAAGAAACUGGCUUAUAUCGCAACAGUACGCAGAACGCUUCUGGCAACGCUGGGUAAGGGAGUAUCUUCCGACAAUUACCCGCCGAACCAAGUGGUUUACUUCAGUGAAGCCUAUUGAAAAGGGUGAUAUUGUCCUGAUUGUCGAUCCAAUGAGCCCAAGAAACUGCUGGCCCAAAGGUCGUGUAAUCCAAACUGCGAUUUCUAAAGACGGCCAAGUUCGAAGCGCCUUUGUGCAAACACAAAGUGGAGUUUAUGAAAAGCCAGCAGUGAAAUUAGCUGUUCUAGAUAUCAGAGCUGAGAAAGAUGUUAGCCCACGGUCGGAACUACCAAGGGGGAGUGUUAACAACCCUGUGGCAAACGCAGUAUGA